AUGGCCUUGUACUUGUCUCCUGGAACCUUCGCUCUUCUCUUCAUAUCCCUCUCUCUCUCGCUUUACUGCAGCAUCGACCCAUUCAACCACUGCGCAAUCUCCGAUUUUCCCAACUUCGUCGCUCAUGAGGUCGUCUCUCCACGCCCCGAUGAGGUUCUGUGGGAGAGAGAUUCACUGAAUUCGCUUCAGAAAUCGGAGAUUCUGUUUGAAAACCAAGUCCAGGGCCCCGAGAGCGUCGCAUUUGAUCCGCUAGGACGCGGUCCGUACACAGGCGUCGCUGAUGGUAGGGUUUUGUUCUGGGACGGCGAGAAGUGGACUGAUUUCGCUCACACCUCGAAGAAUCGUUCGGCGAUUUGUGAUCGGAAGCCGUCUGCUUUGAGCUACUUGAGGAAUGAACAUAUCUGUGGGCGUCCUCUGGGACUCCGUUUCGAUAAGAGAACCGGCGAUUUGUACAUCGCCGACGCCUACAUGGGACUUUUGAAAGUAGGACCUGAAGGUGGCUUGGCAACGCCGCUUGUUACUGAGGCUGAGGGCGUGCCUUUGGGGUUUACCAACGACCUUGACGUUGAUGAUGAUGGAACUGUUUACUUUACUGAUAGCAGCAUCAAUUACCAGAGGAGGAACUUCUUGCAGCUCGUCUUCUCUGGAGACAAUAGUGGGAGAGUUCUAAAGUAUGAUCCAAUAACGAAGAAAGCUGUUGUUCUAGUCUCGAAUCUCCAGUUUCCAAAUGGUGUGUCUAUCAGCAAAGACGGUUCUUUCUUUGUGUUCUGCGAGGGAGAUAUUGGAAGCCUAAGAAGAUACUGGUUAAAAGGAGAGAAAUCAGGAACAUCAGAUGUGUUUGCGAUGUUACCAGGGCAUCCAGAUAACGUAAGGAUAAACCAAAACGGUGAAUUUUGGGUGGCGCUUCACUGCAAGCGCAACUAUUACUCGUACAUAAUGGCAAGAUACCCGAAGCUAAGGAUGUUCAUACUGAAACUCCCAAUCACUGCAAGAACACACUACUUGUUCCAGAUCGGGAUGAGGCCGCACGGGUUGGUGGUUAAGUAUAGCCCUGAAGGGAAGCUUGUGAAGGUAUUGGAAGAUAGUGCAGGGAAAGUUGUGAGAUCAGUGAGUGAAGUGGAAGAGAAAGAUGGGAAGCUUUGGAUGGGGAGUGUGUUAAUGAACUUUGUUGCUGUCUAUGAUCUCUGA